AUGGACUUAGUAAAUCACUUACCAGAUCGUUUAUUAUUCGCUGUUCCUAAGAAAGGAAGAUUAUAUGAAAAAUGUUGUAAUUUGUUAAGUGGAGCCGAUAUUCAAUUUAGAAGAUCAAACAGAUUAGAUAUUGCCCUUUCCACCAAUUUACCAGUGGCUUUAAUCUUUUUACCUGCUGCCGAUAUCCCAGUCUUCGUGGGGGAAGGUAAUUGUGACUUAGGUAUCACCGGUUUAGAUCAAAUUAAAGAAGCAGAUAUGUUUGAUAGAAUUGAAGAUUUAUUGGAUUUACAAUUUGGUUCUUGUAAAUUACAAUUUCAAGUUCCAGCAGCUGGAGAGAUAAAUAGUGCUAAACAAUUAGUUGGUAAGAAAAUUGUAUCAUCUUUCACCAAAUUAACUACUGAUUAUUUUAAAGAUUUAGAAGGUGUUUCCGAUAGUUCAGAAUUAUCCACUAAUAUCAGGUAUGUUGGUGGUUCAGUUGAAGCCUCUUGUGCUUUAGGAGUUGCCGAUGCAAUCGUCGAUUUAGUUGAAAGUGGUGAAACCAUGAAAGCCGCUGGGUUGAAAGCUCUUGAAACCAUCUUAUUAACUUCUGCUCAUUUGAUUUCUUCUAAGAGUCCAAGAUUUCCAGAGAUGGUUGCAAAAAUUCUUCAAAGAUUUGAAGGGGUAUUAGCUGCACAAAGAUAUGUUUUAUGUAACUAUAAUGCUCCUAAAGCUAUCUUAGCCAAAUGUUUAGCCAUUACUCCAGGUAGAAGAGCUGCGACUGUUUCUACUUUAGAUAAGCACUCAGCUGAUGAAGAAGAUUGGGUUGCUAUCUCUUCCAUGGUAGAAAGAAAGUCCAUUGGGGACGUUAUGGAUGAAUUGAAACAAGUUGGAGCUUCCGAUGUGCUUGUUCUUGAAAUUGCAAACUGUAGAGUAUAG